AUGUCUGGGAAACUUUGGAUUCCGAGAUUCCUUCUCAUCACUCUCGUGCUUAUUAGCCUACGAGCCAACUCUCAGUGUGAAUUCAGUUUCACUCGACGGAACAAGGCCUUCCAUUUCAAUUUAGCAUCUCCGAUUCGGAAUUCCCCUCACGGUGCCCUCAGCGAAGAUGGGUUUUAUAGAGUGGAAGCGAACGGUACCGUGCUAUGGUUUCAGCUUUGUGACUUGUUGAUUUUCAAUCACGAUCCUCCUCGAUGUGUUGGUUGCGAAGAUUGCGGAGGUGAAUCACACUGUGGAACAUCAUGCAGUGCACUUGUAUCGGAAACUAUAAGAGGGUAUGAUGUAUGCACUUCUAUUGGUCAUGCCUCAAGCACGAAAGUCGAUAUGAUUGAUAAAGAGGAUCCUGGCAAAGGCGUCAUUGUUAAGAUGUCAGGCGGAAGCAGGAACCAAAAUUGCUCACUUUCAGUGUCUGUUAUCUGCCAGAAAAAUAAAAUCGAUGGACCACUCACUAUGGUGAAAACUGAUAGCUGCCAUUAUGCUACUGAGCUGCGACAUCCUUCUGGUUGCGCAGUAGCUAUCUCUCGCCAUGGCAGUGGAUGGGGCUGGUUUAGUACCUUACUAAUUAUAAUCUUUUGCUUAUUUGGAGCUUAUCUGCUGGGUGGUGCAUUAUAUCGGUAUUUCUCCCUUGGAAUUCGUGGCACAGAUGUAAUCCCAAAUUUGGAUUUCUGGGCCACUGUACCUCACAGAACACAGAGCUGUUUUGGUUCAAUAUUUCAGAGAUUUAGGGGUCCUAGUCAUGGUCAACGAGCUUCAUAUUCUCAGGUCAACUUCUGA